AUGGGUCAUAUACCAGGCACAACAAUAGAUAGUUUCAAAUUUUUGUGGGAACAGAUAGAAACAGAGGCAAGAACCUUAGUGACAGAUACUCGGGAUGCGCUGGCAGUUGUGGGUGCUCUGUAUGUUUGUAGGAAAGUCUUUGCAGUCACCUCCAACAUUGUUGAAGCAAUAAACGUGCAUUUACUUGGGCAGCUCCGAGUGGAUUGGGUGGAGACGUAUGGCCCCUGGGCUGUGGUUACAGGCAGCAGUGAAGGCAUUGGUCGAGCUUAUGCUUAUGAACUUGCCUUAAGAGGUUUAAACAUAGUUCUGAUGAGUAGAAAUGAACGUAAGCUGACAAAAGCAAAGAAUGAAAUUGAAAAGGAUUGUCAAGUCAAAGUUGAGUACAUUGUUGUGGACUUUGCUUCUGACGACCAGCAAGAACUUUACAGAUACAUAUCAGAAAAGCUGGCAGAUAAAGAGAUUGGACUUCUGGUGAACAAUGUUGGUAUUAUGUACGACUACCCAGAUGUGCUACUGAACAUUUGCAGGCAGAAACUAUGGCAACUGAUUCACGUGAACAUUGGUGCAGCCACAAUGAUGACGCACAUGCUGCUACCUCAGAUGGUUGAGAGAGGAAAGGGAGGAGUGAUUGUGGUCUCCUCAGGUUCCUCCACACAGAUCACCCCACAGAUGACAGUAUAUUCUGCCACUAAGAGAUACCUGGAUUACUUCAUUCACGGAUUAGCCUAUGAGUAUCGACACACUGGAGUGACCUUCCAGUGUUUGAUCCCAUUUUAUGUGGCCACCAAUAUGACCGGCUACAGCGAGAACCUGUCCAAAACAGGCAUCCUCAUCCCCAAUGCAGUAACCUAUGCUAGAAGUGCAGUGACCACUUUAGGAAAGUCAGCUUGUACAACUGGCUAUUUUCCUCAUACAUUGCAGCUUUGGAUUGCAAACAUUGUUCCACUUUGGUUGUGGAUGUGGGGUUCGGAGAAGCUGAACAACUCACUAAGAAAGGAGGCCUUGAAUCGACUGGCAAAAAAGGCUCAGAGAUCCUCAUCAAAAGGCACCAUUGCAGAAACUGCUGGUGAAUCUUGA